UCCUCCAAAUUAAUGGCCAACUCAAUCCUCUUCUUUUCCUUUGUUUCGGUUCUCCCUUUUGUAUGUUCAGUUCAGUUUAACAUAUCUCGUUUUAGGUCUUCUGAUUCUGAAAUAGCAUACCAAGGAGAUGCAAAAGCAAACGGCGCUGUUGAGCUUACAAACAAGGACUACACAUGCCGUGCUGGUUGGGCUACUUAUGGUAAGAAGAUUCCUUUAUGGGAUCCACAGAUCGGUAAGCCUUCUGAUUUCACUACCCGCUUCUCCUUCAGAAUUGAUACUCGAAGUGUUGAUUACGGUAACUACGGUCAUGGGCUCGCUUUCUUUCUAGCUCCUGCUGGGAUCCAGUUGCCUCCCAACUCAGCUGGUGGUUUCUUGGGCCUGUUCAAUGAAACCAACGUUAAAUCUUCUUCUUUCUCACUCGUUCAUGUCGAAUUCGACACUUAUAGUAAUUCAGAUUGGGAUCCUACCGACGUGAGAUCUCAUGUGGGAAUCAACAACAACUCUCUUGAAUCAUCCAACUACACUUCUUGGAAUGCAUCCUCACAUAACCAAGAUAUUGGCCGUGUACUGAUCUUUUAUGAUUCCUCUAGCAGAAACCUGAGCGUCUCUUGGACUUACGACUUAACAUCUGAUCCUCUGGAGAGCUCAAGCCUAUCUUACAUCAUUGAUCUUUCAAAGGUACUUCCAUCAGAAGUAACGAUUGGGUUUUCUGCGACAUCUGGAGGGGUCACCGAGGGAAAUAGACUUAUUUCAUGGGAGUUUAGCUCAAGCCUGGAGCUGACAGAUAUAAAGAAACGUCAAAGGGACAGGAAGGGGAUGAUAAUUGGUAUUUCAGUUUCUUGUUUUGUUUUCUUUACCUUUUUCAUUGUCUCGCUCGUCGUCUUCUUGAAACGGAAGCAGAGGAAGAAGAAAGCAGAGGAGAGAGCAAAUCUGAUAUCGAUAAAUGAAGAUCUAGAAAGAGGAGCAGGGCCAAGAAAGUUUUCUUAUAAAGAUCUUGCAUCAGCUGCACACUUCUCAGAUGAUAGGAAGCUAGGGGAAGGAGGGUUUGGAGCGGUUUAUAAAGGCUACUUGAAUGGCUUAGAUAUGAUGGUUGCGAUAAAGAAGUUUGCGGGCGGGUCUAAGCAGGGCAAAAGAGAGUUCAUAACGGAAGUGAAGAUUAUUAGCAGCUUGAGGCAUCGAAACCUCGUGCAACUCAUUGGUUGGUGUCAUGAGAAAGAUGAGUUUCUAAUGAUCUACGAGUUCAUGCCAAAUGGUAGCCUCGACGCUCACUUAUUUGGUAAAAAGCCGCAUCUCGCUUGGCCUGUGAGGUGCAAGAUAACUCUCGGAAUAGCAUCUGCUCUGCUUUAUCUCCACGAGGAGUGGGAGCAAUGUGUUGUGCACAGAGACAUCAAGGCGAGUAAUGUGAUGCUUGACUCCAAUUUUAAUGCCAGGCUCGGUGAUUUCGGGUUGGCUAGAUUGAUGGACCACGAGCUGGGUCCUCAGACAACAGGGCUAGCAGGAACGUUUGGUUACAUGGCUCCUGAGUACAUAAGCACCGGAAGGGCCAGCAAAGAAUCUGAUGUUUAUAGCUUUGGAGUGGUUACAUUAGAGAUUGUAACAGGAAGAAAAUCUGUUGAUCCAAGACAAGGAAGAGUGGAGCCUGAAACAAGCCUUGUAGAGAAAGUGUGGGAUUUGUAUGGGAAAGGUCAAGUGAUCACAGCUGUCGAUGAGAAACUCGGGAUCGAUAAUGGUUUCGACAAGAAGCAAGCCGAGUGUCUUAUGGUUGUAGGGUUAUGGUGUGCUCAUCCUGAUAGAAACUCAAGGCCUUCGAUAAAACAAGCGAUCCAAGUCUUGAAUCUUGAAGCACCAUUGCCUCAUCUUCCGAGCAAAAUGCCUGUUGCUACUUAUCAUGUCUCAUCAUCGUCGAGUAAUAGUGCGUCGGUUGGUUCUGUUGGAGCUACUGCAACGUUUUCAAGUGCUCAACUUGGUCGUUGA